AUGCUCGUGGGUUUGGGCGGAUCCAAUGUGUAUCUCACCGGAGUCGGGAAAAGGAUGAUUAUCAUUCAAUGCAUUGACUGGAACCGGAGCGGAAGAGAAGCUCUCAUCGGCGAAACCCGGGCAACGAUAAACCAGCUCAUUCAAAUGCGCUCCGCCCAACCCAUCUCCCUUCCGCUUAUCCACCCGAAGAAAGCGCGUCGAAAAAAGGCUUACGUUAAUUCUGGUGUGCUGUUGAUUAAUGAAGUCUCCAUCGAAAAGGUGUACAGCUUCAUUGACUACGUGCAAGGAGGAACGGAACUCAGCUGUUGCAUUGCCAUUGACUUUACAGCGAGCAAUGGGUGCCCCCAGGUGCCUGGCACCCUUCACUUCUGCACGCGGGACCAACUUUCCAAAUACGCUGUCGCGUUGCAUGCGGUCGGAGAGAUUAUCAGCGAUUACGACAGUGAUAACCUCUUUCCUGCCUACGGAUUUGGAGCACGGAUACCGCCGGAUAAUCUCGUUUCGCAUAACUUUCCCUUGAAUGGCCACCCAGAGAAUCCCUUUUGCCAGGGCAUAGCUGGUGUCAUGGAGGCCUACCGCUACGCUCUGCAGACCGUCACCCUUCACGGACCAACCAAUUUCGCCCCAAUCAUCACUCAAGUGGCCAACUUGGCUCAGCAAACCGACGACGGAUCUCAGUAUUACAUUCUCCUCAUCUUAACUGACGGCAUCAUCUGUGACAUGCCGCAGACCAAGGCAGCUGUUGUAAAUGCAUCGAGGCUUCCAGUCAGUAUAAUUAUCGUGGGGAUCGGAGCGGCCGAUUUCUCCGCUAUGGAAGAGUUGGACGGUGAUGAAAUUCGCCUCACUUCAAGGGGCCGACGUGCCGACAGGGAUAUUGUUCAGUUUGUUCCCUUUGACGACUUUGUCAACUUAACCUCAGUGAUGGACACGAAAAGGCAGCUGGCGAGAGCGGUGUUGGCCGAAAUUCCCGAGCAGCUGAUUUCCUACAUGCGAUCCAAGGGCUACAAACCCCAAAAUUUGGCACGAAAGCAGAGUCAAAUGUCAAGACAUUCGAAGAGCACCUCAAACAGCAUCAAGAAUGAGAUGGACAGCUCCAACAACUAUAAUUGCUUGGAUCACUGCAAACCCCAAUCAUCCUCACCCUCUGCUCCGCCCCAUCCCUUCAUUUGA